AUGUCCGAAUACCCAGGGUGUGCACGGUCCGUCUAUGGCCCAGCGGGCUCGCACUCACGUCUCAUUGAGCCCCCCCGGGUGUCUAGUACCCAGUCUGUGGAUCCAGAGGCCUUCCGCCCGCCUCCGUUGGGCGGCACUCCAUCUGGAGUUGGCUUGGACCACACACGCCCGGACAGAAGCCCACCCGUGCCGGAUAAAGUGUUGGACAAGCGGCCGGAAGACCUUACCGCUGUGGCGAUUGACCAGCCAAGGGAUGUUCCGCAAGGGAGCGCUGCUCCGGGCCGAGGGCGGAUCUCCGGUGGAACUGAUCCGAGCCCUGACAAGCAGAUCACCCAGGCUGGGAUUUUUGCGGUAGGCCGAGACCAGAUAAUAGUCCUUCAGUUUGCCGCUUUUCUCCACAAAGGUACAAAAGUUACCCUUGACCCUUCUGGAAACCUGUACCGCCGCAGGCGAGAAGGUUGUAAUGAGGGGGAUCAUGUGUUUACCAGGGGGAGGCUUCUUCUGGUCCAGGAAGCACCUGAACUGUCUCCUGAGGAAGGAUCUGGAAUACCCUCUCUUCCUCAGGGCCGUGAACAGGGCUCCCAUGGCCGUUACAAAGUCCUCCCGCCUGGUGCAGAUCCGGUGGAACCUCAGCAGCUGGGACUUCACCAAUCCCGCGUAGGUGUGUCGGGGGUGGAAGCUGGUUUUGUGGAGGAGGGCAUGGGUAUCCGUCUCUUUAAAAAACACCUUAAUGUCCAAAUGGUGAGUGGAGGUGAAAUCCGGACCCUUGAAGGUGGUAGUGUCCAGGAAGUCCACUGACGUGGGGCUGGUGGUGGACUUAAUGGUGAUACUGGGGUUGUGGGUAUUCAGGGUGUGGCGGAACCCCUCAAAUUCCUCCAUGGAAUGAGUCCACACCCCCCAGAUAUCAUCCAAAUACCUGAA